CAGCUAACCGAGAGGUGGUAUUCGUUACUGUUCGUUACCCGCACGACGACGGGGAGGAAGCGUUACGUUCGGAGGAGCUGGUCUCCGUCAGGGAACGGGUUUCGCGUACUUACACGUGCAUGACACGUUAAAUUCUGUGUAUACACGUGCCACUGACAAAAAAUGGCAACGCAAGAGAAAGUCGGUGUCGGAGACUUGGUUCUCCUGGACGAGAUCACGUUGGAGAAGAUCGUGGACAAUCUACGAGCGAGAUUCAAUGCUGGCAAGAUUUACACGUACAUCGGAGAAGUGUGCGUUAGUUUAAAUCCGUACAGGAGUAUUAACUUGUACGACAAUGAGCACGUUAAUAAAUACAGAGACAGAGAGUUGUUCGAGAACUCGCCUCAUAUUUUUGCUAUCGCCGACGCUGUGCACAGAGAGAUGAAACAACAACGUCGUGAUACAUGCAUAGUAAUAAGCGGCGAGUCAGGGUCUGGUAAAACCGAGGCGAGCAAAAUUAUCAUGAAGUAUAUCGCUGCAGUCACGAAUUUGACCGGACAGCAAGAAAUAGAAAGAGUUAAGAACAUCCUGUUACAAUCCAACUCGAUACUGGAGGCCUUCGGAAAUGCCAAGACGAACAGGAACGACAAUUCGUCUAGAUUCGGAAAAUACAUGGACAUUGAUUUCAAUUUCAAGGGUGAUCCAAUCGGCGGUCAUGUCACCAAUUACUUGUUGGAAAAGUCGAGAGUCGUGUAUCAACAGAACGGCGAACGGAAUUUUCAUUGCUUUUAUCAGUUGUUGAACGGCUGCAGUGAACAAGAAUUAAAUAAAUUACGUUUAGUGAGAGAUCCAGCUGCAUACUUUUAUGUCGGUGCUGGGAAUUGUAACAAAGCGAGUCCGAGCGAUAAAAGUGAUUACAAAGCAGUUAUGUCUGCGAUGUCUACGCUUGGAUUCAGUCAAAAUGAAGUUCAAACGAUUUGGAAUAUCGUUGCCGGCACGUUACACUUGGGCAACAUCACGUUUAAACUCGAAGAGGAUAAACUUUUCAUCGAGAACAGAGCAGCUUUAAACGACACAGCAAAUUUAUUUUCCAUCAGUCCACACGAAUUAAGUACUGCACUCACGCAAAGAGUCAUCGCGGCAGGAGGAGAAGUCAUGCAGAAAACUCACACCUCGACGGAGGCAGAAUAUGGAAGGGACGCGCUGGCCAAGGCUAUGUACGAAAGACUGUUCACCAGCAUCGUAUCACGCGUCAACGCCUCGAUCACUGUCAACGACAACGAAGCUUGCAAACGAUACAGAACGAUAAUCGGAGUGCUAGAUAUAUAUGGUUUUGAAAUUUUCGACACGAACAGCUUCGAGCAAUUCUGCAUCAAUUAUUGCAACGAGAAAUUGCAACAAUUGUUCAUCGAGCUUGUAUUGAAACAAGAACAGGAGGAGUACAGGAAGGAAGGUAUAGCAUGGCAGAACAUCGAUUAUUUUAACAAUCAAAUAAUUUGUGAACUCGUGGAACAACCCCAUAAAGGGAUUAUAGCGAUUAUGGAUGAAGCUUGCCUCAACGUUGGCAAAGUUACGGAUGAAAUGCUCUUAGAAGCUAUGGACAAGAAAUUAGUCGACCAUCAACAUUACAGUUCCCGGCAAUUGAAACCGAUGGACAAGGAACUACAACAUAAAAUUCAGUUCAAGAUCAGGCACUACGCCGGGGACGUGAUAUAUAAUGUCAACGGAUUCUUAGACAAGAAUAAGGACACGUUGUUUCAAGACUUCAAACGUCUACUUUACAACAGCAGUAAUUCGGUGAUCAGCAAAAUGUGGCCCGAAGGUGCUCAGAACAUUUUGAAAACGACGAAAAGGCCCCUGACAGCUGGGACCCUUUUCCGUAAUUCUAUGAUAGCUCUAGUCAAGAAUCUGACGAGCAAAGAGCCGUUUUACGUGAGAUGUAUAAAACCGAACGAGGUCAAGUCACCGGUCGUAUUCGACGAGGAAAGAGUCACGCAUCAAGUGCGAUACUUGGGUCUCCUCGAGAACGUAUUGGUCAGACGGGCGGGUUUCGCGUACCGUCAACGAUACGACACGUUCCUGAAACGGUAUAAAAUGAUAUCCCAAUACACCUGGCCGAAUUUUAGAGGCGGCAACGAUAAAGACGGUGUGCGUACAUUGAUGGACGAGAAGGGUUUCGGCCACGACGUGAAAUACGGUCACACUAAAAUAUUUAUUCGUUCGCCCCAAACGCUGUUCGCGUUGGAAAAGGCGCGUAGCGAGUUGAUCCCGGACAUUGUGAUAUUGUUGCAAAAACAGUGGAGAGGAUAUCUCUGCCGUCAGAAGUAUAAGAAGAUGAAAGCGGCGCUCGUAGUGAUGAAACAUUAUCGAAGAUACAAGAUGCGUACUUAUAUAAAUGAAUUGGACAAGCUGUUCCGUAACGCGAAAACGAUGCGAGACUAUGGGAAGCGCUUGACUUGGCCCCGUGAGAAUUUCGCCACGCGCCACGUGACACCCGCUUUGAGGACGAUGUACAGAAGAUGGUGGGCGUGGAUGAUUCUCAGAGUUAUACCCAGAGAAGAUUGGCCUCAACUACGAUUAAAGAUGGCUGCUGGAGUGGUUUUACGUUCGAAGCGACAGAACUGGGGACAAGACAGGCGUUGGGAAGGGAAUUACUUGUCCAAACCUGACGAGAAUCCUCACAGCGACGUUUUCAAUUCUUCGAUAAACAAUCUCCGCAACACCGAUCAUUUCAAGACCGUUCUGUUCAGCGCCUUCGUCCGAAAAACUAACAGAUUCAACAAGCCUAAAGAUCGUGUGCUGGUAGUUACCGAGCACGCGAUAUACAAACUUGAAAAUUCCAAAUUUAAAACCAUGAAGAAGGGUAUGCCGAUAACAGAGAUAACGGGGUUGAGCGUGUCGCCCGGAAUGGAUCAGCUUAUAACGAUUCAUUCGAACCGAGGAAACGAUUUCGUCCUGUCGAUCAUUGCCAACGACGACAGGGUCGGGGAACUCGUUGGUAUUUUGACCAACAGAUACAGUCAAUUACGAUCUGCCGAUCUACAAGUAACGGUGGACGUGAAAUUCAAAUGCAUGCUAGGGAACAAGAGCAGAGUGUUACGAGUGGAGGUGCAUCCUGACGUUCACGAACCAACGUUUAAAAAGGAUGGAGAUAACGUUGUAUAUGUCAUUCCGCCCUCGGAAAAUAUAAUCGACGGUGGUGCUAAUACAAGGUUUCACCCGCGGACUACCAAUUGAAACAGUGCCUUUACUUAAACUGCCUUUCUUAUGUUUACGCGUAAGUCUAUACACGUAUUAGCAGACAGAUUUUGGAAAGAUUUUUAUCAAUGCAUUUCGAAGGCUUCCUUAUGCAUUUUUCAAUGUACAAAUAACGUUAGAUAGAGAAGUCAGUGGAGGCGGUAAGUUACGAACGGGUGACAAUAUAUUAAUUCAAUAACGCGAAGCAUUUAAAUACUAGUACAAAUUUGUCGAAGUGCUUAAAGAAAUCGUUUCUGUAAAUACGUGCAACUAUUGUGAAUAACUGUAAAUCGUUUUAACCGGGAUGAUGUCCAUGUAGAAGCUAAGAGAAUUAAUACAGUAUUGUUUUAAGAGAGUAUCGCUCUUCGACACGAUCGCCUUACCGAGGUGGCAUUCUACUUAAAAGUAUUUUUGAAAAUAUAUUUUUACACCGACGGCCAUUAAAUGUUAAUGAGAUUCGAUGAAAGUUUUUAUUAUUCUACCGAAAUUUCUACGUGAAUUAGUCUACAACUUUACGUUCUCAAACGCAUGUCCGUAAAGUUAGUUGUUAACAAAGAAUUUGUCACAGUUGUUGUACUCAAAAGUUUUCUAAUUGUUACGUCACGAAUGCGUGAUGCUAUAAUUGUUUCAUGGCAAUGGAAAUUUCAUGGAAUUUUAAAGAAGGUCGUACGAAACGAUAUAGCACGUUGUGAAACGGUGCCAUUGUUAUAAAAUAAACUUUUACUGACGUUUAUUUUCUACUUGUCUCUAUGUCCGUGAUUGAAUAUAAAACCGAUCACGACGACAAAUGGAAUGAAUAAAAAUUAUUCUUACCUGUUA